UGAUAGAGAGAAGGAAGAAAUUAGAGGCAUUCCGCUGACAUAUGACGGCGACCAUCCGAAUUUUCAGGAAAAACGAAACAGAACUUUUUAACCCCCCAAAAAUGGAAUCGAUUUUAAACGAAGUAGUUGAUUCAGCAGAUCUUAAGAAAUUUGAGUUGAUGUAUAAUGACCAGCUUCGUCGAGGACAAGUGAGUGAGAAGGCUCAGUUUGAGUAUGCCUGGUGUUUAGUAAGAAGUAAAUACAUAGACGACAUGAAGACAGGAGUGGGACUGCUAGAAGAUUUAUUCAGGAAAGCAACAGAUGACAAUUCCCGUAGGGAUUACUUAUAUUAUAUGUCAGUGGGAUACACCAGGAUAAAGGAAUACCCCCAGGCUCUGAAAUAUGUCAAGGCCUUACAAAAAAUAGAACCAGGGAAUCACCAAGCUUUAGAAUUACAGAAAUAUAUUGAAAAGAAAAUGACCAAAGAGGGAAUCCUUGGUAUGGCUAUUGUAGGCGGAGCUGCUCUGGCGAUAGGGGGAUUGGUGAGCCUCGGUAUAGCUCUCUCUAAAAAGUAAACAGGUUUUAUAUGGACCAAUUCUGUGUUUUUACAAACCCUUUUCUUUAUAAGGACAAGUGCUACAGUUCUUAGAGAUCUAUGAAGUGUAUUCAUAUGAGUGAUAUCCGUAUGUGGUGGAACUUGAGGGAAACGGUUGACCAAAUGGUUAUGUUCUGUUUAUCUUGAUAUAUGAAGUUUUUAAUUUAUGCCAUAUUAUAUUUGUUUAUUUACAUAAUGAUACAGAAAUUGUUUGAAAAUGUACCAUGUAUUUACAUUGAUCAUGAGAUUAGUUGAUUAAAAUUGCUUUUUGUAUUGA